GAAACACAGAGAGACCGGAGAGAGAGACAGAGAGACCGGGAGAGAGGGCGAGAGAAUGGGGAGAGAGAAAACCAAUGAAACUAUAAUAAAAACAGGGCGACGAGAAAAUAGUAUGGAUGAUUAUCAUGGUCGAAAAAUAAUAAUUCCCUCCUCCCCUUCUUUCUCAAAACCAAAUUUUCAUCUCUUCUUAUUCAUCUUCUUCUUGAUCUCCUCCAUCAAAACAACAUCAGUUUCAGGUUUCAAUCUCACUGUAACUCCGUUUAGCCAAGCUUAUUCUACUCUCUUUAGUGAUUUUAACAUCGAUCCAUCUCCUUAUGAUGAUAGCGUUCGUCUCCUCCUCAAUCACCAUUCGGGCUCAGGCAUAAUUUCGUAUGAUUAUUACAGAUAUGCCUUCUUCAGUGCAAACAUCAAGUUACCGUCCGGGAACACAGCCGGUGUUGUUGUGGCUUUUUAUGCAUCAAAUGUGGACACAUUCGAGAAAAAUCAUGAUGAGCUGGACAUAGAGUUUUUAGGAAACAUAAGAGGGAAACCAUGGAGAUUUCAGACCAAUGUGUAUGGAAAUGGAAGCACUAAACGCGGAAGAGAAGAGAGAUACAGACUUUGGUUCGAUCCUAGUAAGGAGUUUCAUCGUUACAGCAUUCUUUGGACCCCUAUCAAAGUCAUAUUUUAUGUAGAUGAAGUUCCCAUUAGAGAAGUAAUCCGUAACGAUGAAAUGGGUGGUGAUUUUCCGGCGAAGCCAAUGGCAAUGUAUGCUACCAUAUGGGAUGCUUCUACAUGGGCUACAAGUGGUGGCAAGUACAAAGUAGACUACAGACAUGAGCCCUUUGCAGCUGAGUUCAAAGACUUUGUCACUGAUGGUUGUGCAGUUGAUCCGAUUCAAGAACCUUCCGCCACCAAUUGCUCUGAAACCGCUUUGAAAAUAGCCGUGGCAGACUACUUCACGGUCAGGCCACGACAGCGCAAGGCCAUGAGGUGGUUCCGGGAGAAGUAUAUGUAUUAUUCUCACUGUUAUGAUACCUGGAGGUACAAGGUGCCUCUGCCAGAGUGCGUGAUUGUACCUUCAGAGCAAGUGUUGUUUAAGGAGACUGGUAGGCUUCGGCACGCAAUGAGGAUUAAGUUUGGUGGUAGUCAACGGAAACAACGUAGGAGUCGUGGCGGGGUGAGGAAGAGCGGUGGUGGUAGCGCGGUUGUGAGGUUGAGGUCAGGUAAUGAGGAGGUUGCUGCUGUGUAAUAUCAGACAUAUAUCAGAUAUGGAGUUAUAUUUGGUACAGAUUUAUCAUUUUGAGAUCAGACCUAUGACAGAGUUAUAACAUAACAUCAUCAAAUUGACCAUUACUUUGAGAAAACACUAUGACUGC